AUGUCUGAUGUUGAUAAACCAUCUACAAUCAAUCUUUCUACUUCAAUAGAACCUACGAUCAGUUCUCUAUCUGAAAAUAUCGAUAGCACCAACACAUCUUCAUCGAAAACUAGAUUUUCUACGUCUUUAAAGCCUAACGAUAGAAAUAGCAGAGACUUUGAUAGCAUUAUUAACGAAUACAAGCAAACUAGCAGAACAGCAUCGGAUAAUGACAGUUGGAGCAGUGUCAUAAUAACUUAUCUAAGAGCUAAAGAGGAUAGUGAUGGUUAUAUAAACAGUAAUGAUCAUAGUAGCCUUUCAGAGUAUUCUCAAAUAGUGCCCUAUGCACAGUCCUAUAAGUUUAGAAAUGACGGAGAAAGCUCCAAAAAUGAACUAUCCCAGCACAGUUCAUGUGUGAGAUUCACAAGUAGCCAAGUUGAAUUUGUAGACAGUACAGAAUCUAUUACAAUCAAACAACAUGCAAUUUGCAACAAAUACAAUGUCUUGACUCACUAUAGAAAAGCAAAAGUUAAGGAAAUGAUAAGAAUUUCAAGGAAAAGAACAGAAAAGUGGAAAUACAAUCAUGACAGUAGGCAAAAUAAGCAUAAAUCAUUUGAAGAACUUGACAUUAUUGAAGAAUAUGAGCCAGGAAAAGAAAAAAGAUUUGGGUGA